UUUUGCAGUGACGUCGACAGAGCACUGUGGUCUUUGUCUGCGUUAAUCCUUAUUUUCUACGUUUGUAUGUAUCUGUAUAUCGUGUGACGAACUAUAGUUUAUUCAUUUUUCGUGUCAGCAUAAACUCGACUCGUCUCCGUGAACUUUGAAGCUUCUUGGGCUAUUUUAGCCCGCUAGUUAGCUUAGCUUGCUAGCUGCUAACUAAGCUAAGUCUUGAGUGCAAAGUGUUGUGACUGUGUGAAAAUGUGUGAAGUACAAAUGCUGAAAGUAUUCGUGAAUCAGCGACUAACUGCGGCUGUUGAAGACAUAUUUGUGGUGUUAGAGAGAAAGAUAGCAGAGUACGAGGAGGAACUUUCUCGAACAAAAGAGGAGAACGAGCGACAACGUCAACUACUGGACGCAGUUUUCAACAAGCAUCAAGUUGUGUUCCACAGAACAGAUGCCCAGCAGUGGAUUGGACAUCAGAAAGAAAGUCCCCUGAAGUCGCAGGGGAGGAACUACACUUUGAACCAGGAUCCACAGCCCCCUCUUGUUAAAGAGGAGGAGGAAAAUUCACUGCUCCCCCACAUUGAAGAGGGAGAGGAGGUAGAGUGUCUUCGAGGGCAGGAGGAGACAGAUCUCACCAAGUUUCCACUGAUUGUUGUCUCUGUGAAGACUGAAGACCAUGAAGACAAACCACCUGAGUCCUCACAGCUUCAUCCCAGUACAAACGUCCAGCAGCUGGUUGGUCAUCAAGAAGAAGCUCUCUCUCUGUUGCUGGAGGUGAGCUCCCCUUUGAAGCAGGAGGAACCACAGCCCCCCAACAUUACAGAGGAAGAGGAGGAACGCUGCAUCACUCGGGAGGGAGAGUGUCUUCUAGGGCAGGAAGAGGUUGCUCUCACCAAGUUUCCACUGACUGUUGUCUGUGUGAAGACUGAAGACCAUGAAGACAAACCACCUGAAUCCUCACAGCUUCAUCAGAGUCCAAGUGAGGAGAAGAGAGAGGUGGAGCCUCCAAGCAGCAGCUCACCACAACACAUGACAACAGAAGGUGAUGGAGACCACAGUGGAGGAUCACAAGCAGACAACCUCUUAGCUCCACUAUCAGAUAGUGACGACUCAACGUCACAAGUUGAUGUAAAUAUGGAAUCACACAUGAAAACACAAACAGGAGAAAAACCGUUCAGUUGUUCAGUUUGCGGUAAAAGAUUCUCCCAAAAACGUUAUAUGCAAAUACACAUGAGAACACAUACAGGAGAAAAAAAAUUCAGUUGUUCAGUUUGCGGUAAAAGAUUAACUCACAAACGUAAUAUUCAAAUACACAUGAGAACACAUACAGGAGAAAAACCUUUCAUUUGUUCAGUUUGCGGUAAGGGAUUUCCCCAAAAAGGUAGUAUUCAAAUACACAUGAAAACACACACAGGAGAAAAACCUUUCAGUUGUUCAGUUUGUGGUCAACUAUUCUCUGAAAAACAAAAUAUGCGAAGACACAUGAAAACACAUACUGGAGAAAAACCUUUCAAUUGUUCAGUUUGUGGUAAAAUAUUCUCUGAGAAACAAAAUUUGCAACUACACAUGAGAUCACAUACAGGAGAAAAACCUUUCAAUUGUUCAGUUUGCAGCGAAAAAUUCUCCGAUAAACAAAAUAUGCAAAGACACAUGAAAUCGCAUUCAGGAGAAAAACCUUUUAAUUGUUCAGUUUGUGCAAAAGGCUUUGUUAUAAAAUGUCGUUUGACUCAUCAUAUGAGAACGCACACAGGAGAAAAACCUUUCAGUUGUUCAGUGUGCAAUAAAAGAUACAUUGACAAAUAUGCACUGCAAAGGCACAUGAAAACACAUACAGGAAAAUAACCUUUUCCUUUUUGAAAGUCCUCUAUGAAUGGACUCCUGCAGAGUCACUGAUGGUUUACUGCAUGGCUUCUCUAAAGUCUGGACUGUGUUUCAGAUCCGGACUACGACUGGAUUCAGUGGGGGUCUAGCCAGCCUACUUACGAUAUGAAUUACGAAACACUAUCAACUUUUUUUAGGUUCUGGUUUAAGAUGUAACAAUAAAUGUUUUGUAAUGUUAUGUACAAAUUUCUUGAAUAUGAUUCACAAGAUGCUGGGAAGGGGAACUGCGUUUUAUUUUGUAAUGUUUAAUAUCAUUCACAAUCCAUAUGUAAAACAAGCACACACGAUUUUCUCUUUUUUUUUCUGCAUUCUCACGUGUAAAUAAACGCUGGCAAGAGCCUGCUAACAAUGGGGGUAAUGAGAUUAGCUCUAAUCUCCCAAUAAAGUGCUCUGAAAAACAUUCCCAUACAUACAUCGACAUUCUAUAUACAUGCUGUAAGUAUAUAUGUAAUGUAGCAACAGGCACAUUCAUAAUAACAUUUAAUAUUUAUGUCUUAUGGACAUUUUUAGCAUUCCAGGGACAUGUUGGCAGUGCAUUAAUUUUACAGACGCAUCACAAUGUUUUCUUAUUUUUAUAACAACUAUUAUAGCUUGGCGCUUCACGAGCACCAACAACUACUUUUGGACAAAUAAUGAUCCAGAACCUUAUAUUUUUUUAGCCUGAAUAUGCAGUUUUAGAAGCUAAGUAAUAAGCAGAUCCGGCAAAUAGCAGUAUUGCUAAGUGCUAAAUAAGAAAUAUAAAUCACAAACACAAUAAAACAAUCACAUACUGUACAAUGUCUGCUCUCACUGGGAUUCCCGUUUAGAUGAAAAAUUACUCAUAACCCUUAUGCUGGUAAAAAAAUAAAAAAGUCGGAGCAAACGAGCAACUUUUUGUGUCUUAUACGCCAUCUCCUUGUCUAAGUUGGAUGUUAAAGUUGAUCCACUUCUCGAUUUAGGGCAACAACCUAUAGCACUUAUAAUAACAAUAUCCCUAAUACUCAGUUAAAAUUCAGCUUACAAGAUGUAAAUGGAGUAUUGUUGGUGGUUUUUGGAUGUUUUUUAGAGUGAUUAAUGAGCACAGUAGAGGACUCUUAUUAGCUGCAAUUUUAACCACCCUGUACUUGACGUAUAUUACAAAUUAGAAUGCAUUAAAAAAUAUUUGUUUUUGUCUGACAUAAGGAUUGUGAAUGAUAGGCAAAAAAAAAAAAAAAGGUGCAGUCUCCCUUUAAAGAUAACUGUUAGAAUAAUUUCCAUUUCAGCAAGUACAUACAUCGAUCACAUGUUGACGGAAGCACAAACGUUAAGGACAAUAUUGUUUAGUUAUUUUUUUGAGAUGAUGCUCGUAUUGUUUUGGCGGGAUUAAAAAGCCGUCAUGAGUUCAGGACACUUCUGCUCAAAGGUGUAAUAUUCAGGUAGCAAUCAUCUAUGCUCAUGUCAUGAGAAAUAUUAUUUUUAAACCAAAAUGUGCCCACCUCUAUUUUUUUUUUUUUUAAUCCCUUCUUGUUUCACAUUUUUAAAUCGGUGAUAUCUUCCAAAAGCUAUUGAGUGAGUAAGUAAAACCUCUUCGGUAUUUGUGCGAAAGUUCAUUGUACUAAAUUACUUUUUUUUGUCAACAAUGUCCUAUUAUAUUUAUCUAAAUCAAAUGUAAUAGUGUGAAAAAU